AUGGUUGGCAAUGUUUUGACUUUCGAGAUCGGAGGGUCAGGAAAAGCCAAAAAGUUCAUCUCAGCACCAAAAACAUUUGCGACACACUCUUGGCUGUCUGUGUUGAGGUGCACUGUUCUCAUCUCUACUAUCUCUGCUACGGUGAAGCUCACAGCCAACGAGAGAGAGGCAGAGAGUGUUUUCCCCUCUUCUCUUUCCCUCUGUCUGUCCUUUCCUCUAAUCCCCCCCCUCCCCAGUCUCUCUCCCUCCUCUCUAUUUUUCUCUCGUGACAGGUCUCUCCCUCCUCUCUCUUUUUAUCUUGGUGCCAGGUCUCUCCCUCCUCUCUCUUUUUAUCUUGGUGCCAGGUCUCUCCCUCCUCUCUCUUUUUAUCUUGGUGCCAGGUCUCUCCCUCCUCUCUCUUUUUAUCUUGGUGCCAGGUCUCUCCCUCCUCUCUCUUUUUAUCUUGGUGACAGGUCUCUCCCUCCUCUCUCUUUUUCUCUAGGUGCCAGGUCUCUCCCUCCUCUCUCUUUUUCUCUAGGUGCCAGGUCUCUCCCUCCUCUCUCUUUUUCUCUAGGUGCCAGGUCUCUCCCUCCUCUCUCUUUUUAUCUCGGUGCCAGGUCUCUCCCUCCUCUCUCUUUUUAUCUUGGUGCCAGGUCUCUCCCUCCUCUCUCUUUUUAUCUUGGUGCCAGGUCUCUCCCUCCUCUCUCUUUUUAUCUUGGUGCCAGGUCUCUCCCUCCUCUCUCUUUUUCUCUAGGUGCCAGGUCUCUCCCUCCUCUCUCUUUUUAUCUUGGUGCCAGGUCUCUCCCUCCUCUCUCUUUUUAUCUUGGUGCCAGGUCUCUCCCUCCUCUCUCUUUUUAUCUCGGUGCCAGGUCUCUCCCUCCUCUCUCUUUUUAUCUUGGUGCCAGGUCUCUCCCUCCUCUCUCUUUUUAUCUUGGUGCCAGGUCUCUCCCUCCUCUCUAUUUUUAUCUCGGUGCCAGGUCUCUCCCUCCUCUCUCUUUUUAUCUUGGUGCCAGGUCUCUCCCUCCUCUCUCUUUUUAUCUCGGUGCCAGGUCUCUCCCUCCUCUCUCUUUUUAUCUUGGAGUCUAAAUUAAAUGUGGAUUUGACACGUGGGCAUCUUUCACUUCAGCCUCUGCUGCACAGCUACACAGCUACAAACCAAGGGUCACAGCAACCUCUCUCUCUUUCAUUCCCUCAAUCUUUUCAUUCUUCUCAUCUACCAAACACAUCUACCAAACACACACACGCUGUAAGGGAAAGUGAGAAGGCAGGUGUGUGUGUUUGUGUCAGCAGUCACAUCGUACCAACAUCUAUCUUCUGUACGAAACCAAUCUAUUUCUUUACCAGCUGGUUUGGUUUCGCUUUGUGAACUGGUCACAUGUUGGUGAAUGUCCCAAACCCUUCACCCUUUUCUAUAUGGGCUCUGGUCUAAAGUAGUGCACUAUAUAGAGAAUAGGACUCUGGUCUAAAGUAGUGCACUAUAUAGAGAAUAGGGCUCUGGUCUAAAGUAGUGCACUAUAUAGAGAAUAGGGCUCUGGUCUAAAGUAGUGCACUAUAUAGAGAAUAGGGCUCUGGUCUAAAGUAGUGCACUAUAUAGAGAAUAGGGCUCUGGUCUAAAGUAGUGCACUAUAUAGGGAAUAGGGCUCUGGUCUAAAGUAGUGCACUAUAUAGAGAAUAGGGCUCUGGUCAAAAGUAGUGCACUAUAUAGAGAAUAGGGCUCUGGUCAAAAGUAGUGCACUAUAUAGAGAAUAGGGCUCUGGUCAAAAGUAGUGCACUAUAUAGAGAAUAGGGCUCUGGUCUAAAGUAGUGCACUAUAUAGAGAAUAGGGCUCUGGUCUAAAGUAGUGCACUAUAUAGAGAAUAGGGCUCUGGUCUAAAGUAGUGCACUAUAUAGAGAAUAGGGCUCUGGUCUAAAGUAGUGCACUAUAUAGAGAAUAGGGCUCUGGUCUAAAGUAGUGCACUAUAUAGAGAAUAGGUGACAUUUGGGAUGCAGCCGUUAUCUGUACAUGUAGAGUAGAAUAUUCUGUGCCUAUAAUUUUGUUAUUAUUAUUAGUCUGUAAAUGUAUUUCUAUGUUAUUGUCAUUUUACAUGACCUGUACUACUGACUAAAGAGUCCCCUGGGCAGAAAGGAGGGAUGGAGUGAUGGAAGCAGGGGAAGUGUUUGAGAUGUUCUA